GGAAUGAGGUCCUCUCGACAAGGGGAGGGAAAACCCAAAGCGCCGGAGAAAAGGGGGCUAGGCAGCUUUCGUCGGUCUUCUCUUACCGCUCGUUUGGGAGGUGAGGUCGCCCUUCCCGGUCAGCAAAACCGCAGCCUCACCGCGGAGAGACCCUCGAGGGCCGUCCCGGAGAGUAUUUUUCCACGGACAACAUGGAGAAACACAAACAUAGAGGAGAAUGAAGGGGUGAAUUCAAAGAGAAAGAAACAGAGAAACAAGAUGAUGUAAGCAUCAGCACAGCCCAAACUCAACAUGACAGUGCCAUGCCAGCAACCAAAUGCCUCCUGCUUGAAUACCUCAGCUCCUGUAUUCACAGGUCUGGAUCUCCUCUUUGCCCUGAAGCCCCUCUUCAUUCCUCUCUAUGCUAUACUGGUGACUGUGGCCUGCACAGGAAACCUCCUUCUUAUUGUCCUUAUUGGUUUCACAAAAAAGUUGCACAGCACCACCAAUUUCCUUAUUGGCAACUUGGCAGCAGCUGACUUGAUCAUGUGCAUUUUCUGUGUGCCACUCACUGCCUCCUAUGCAUUUGAGAUCCAUGGAUGGCUCUUUGGGAUGUUCAUGUGUUACUUUGUCACCCUCAUGCAAGUGGCUACCGUAUUUGUGUCUGUCCUGUCCCUCACAGCAAUUGCUGUGGACCGAUACAUGGUUGUCGCUUACCCCAUCCGCAAAAGGAUAAGAUGCAAGUCCUGCAUUUACAUGGUGGUCUUCAUUUGGGUGCUUUCUAUUGUGGUCUCCCUACCCACAUCCAUGCAUACCCAUUACCUGGAUCUCAACAGCACUGGCCAUGACAUGAUCAUCUGUGAAGAAUUUUGGAAACACCACGAGACAGAGAGGCGACUCUAUUCUUGCUUGAUGCUCCUCUUGUCAUACAUGCUCCCACUGUCAGCUGUGUCUGUCUCCUACUGUGCCAUUUCCUGUCACCUUCAGAAGAGGAAUGUCCCAGGAGCUGCAUGCCACAACCAGGAGAAAUGGACAAGAAAAAAGCAGAAGACUUUCAGGAUCCUAGUUAUUUCUGUCCUGUGUUUUGCCUUCUGCUGGCUCCCUCUCCAGGUAGUUAACUUGAUCAGAGAUAUGGAUGAAGAGUUUACAAUCCUAGACAAAAGAUAUGUGAAUGUUAUCCAAGUGUCCUGCCAUGUGAUUGCAAUGAGUUCUGCAUGUUUCAACCCAUUCAUCUAUGCCUCCCUUCAUGAAAAGUUUCGACUCCGCAUUAGUAACUAUUUCUAUAAUAGGAAGAGAUCAAACAUGAUGUCCUGCAAGCUCUCACGGCUGAAUACCUGCUCCACUUUGCCAGAUAAUCCUGUGGGCCUAUGUGAAAAAAUAGCACUGCAAUUAGAGCCCAAGCAUCAUUUUGGGGGGCCCAAUACAAACUUGUAAUAGCUGACCUUCCCAGACAUGCAGCAUAAAUGGAUCUCAUCUUGUACACACAAUCUCUUGAAUCUGCACAGAAAACCCGCUGUUUGAUUUCUGAAAUACCAUG